CCUUUGCAAAUCAUUCAAUUGUCAACGGCUCGUUUUCCAGCUGCACAUGCUAACAAUCGUUUGCAGCAUCAUGAGAUAUGCUGACUUGAUCUUGUACACUAAAAAGAAACAUUUUUUUGACAUAGCCUUUUGCCGUGCUGUCCUCCGUCUACGCUUUGCAUCCUUCUCGACGAACCAUUGUUAUCUCACCCCGCCGCUAGAUUUCCAUUCCACUACUAACAAUGUCAUUCAAACCCGCGCUAAUCAUUGUCGAUGUACAGGAAGACUUUUGCCCGCCAAACGGAGCGCUGGCAGUGGCAGGAGGCCGCGACAUAGUACCGGUGAUCAACGAAUGUCUCGACUACCCCUUUGCCUUGAAGGUAGCAACCAAAGACUUCCAUCCGCAAGACCACAUUUCCUUCGCCUCAAAUCAUCCAGCGCCGAACAACAAACCGUUUGAAUCUACAAUUACAAUCGUAAACCCGCACAACCCGGAAGAAAAGCAGGAGACGCGAUUGUGGCCAGACCACUGUGUCCAGGGCACAAAGGGCUCAGAGCUGUUGUCAGAGUUACAUAUCAGCAAGAUAGAUCAUAUUGUGGAAAAAGGUCAGGACAAACGCGUUGAGAUGUACUCGGCAUUCGCGGAUCCCUUCAAGAGUCCGUGUGUCGCCAGGAGCAGCCUGGCAGAGACGUUGCACCAGGCCGGCAUCACAGACAUCUACGUCGUUGGCUUGGCAGCUGACUAUUGUGUAAAAUACACGGCCAUUGAUGCACAGAGCGAAGGCUUCAAGACAUGGGUGCUUGGUGAGGCGACGAAAGCGGUGGACCCCUCGGCCAUGGAGCAAGUGCACAAGGAGUAUGAGGAGCACGGUGUCAAAGCCAUAAGCAUGAGCGAUGUGCAAAUGCUCAAGGUCAAGAACCUGCCCGGGAAAACCCAGAAAUAAAGUGCAAAGAACGCAGUCCAGGCUGGCGAGAGCGUGUUGGACUAGGAUAGCCUCAUCACUCUAUCCGCUAAUAUACCCAGGCCUACUUACACUUUCUAAUUUCUCUUUCCCUUAUAGGAAAAUAUAAGCAGCCAUGUACCAAUUUUGGAUACGACCUGCGUCAGCAAAAUAAUGCAAAGACAACCAUGAUUGGGAACCAGUGGCAGAGGGAGCAACUGCCGCAUGGUUUUGUCCACAUUCCCUUCA